AUGCAGCUAGGAGAAGGAAUAAUUGGUUUUGAAGGGCAUCGUAAUGGUCAAUGGUGUACGGCUAGCCGUAAACGGCAGCUUCCAAAUCAGCUCUGGUGCGGGCAUACGGACUGGAAGAUGGACAUGGAGGAAAGCGAUGAUAGUAACUGUUUGGAGAUCGGGAGCAGCACGACGAACGGCAAACUUCCAGGAUCUGGGAAUGGUGCACUGGACGAGGAUAAGUUGGAGACCGCAGGAGGUGUGUCCAAAGCAAACUGUGAAAACUCAGUGGAUACUCGCAGAAACAAAAAACAGCGAGAAGCAAGACGCGUGCGGUUUCGUUCAGAUCCGAGUGUAUGCGAAAUCACUCCUCGUCCCGAGAAAAUACCUGGUGUCGUGAGAAUGCCGGACGACUAUGGACUUUCGAGUGAUGAGACCACCGAAUUAUCCGGAUCUUUCACUAUGGAUUCGGACUGCGCUGAAGAAGAACUGGCUACAGUGAAAGAAAAUCGAGAAAAUGGUCCUGGAUAUGCUGCUGUUCAAAUAAAUAAUGAGAAAAAUAAGUCAUUGAUGACGUCAGACUCAUAUUCGAGCUAUAUCGUUGGGCAAGACAUUAAUUCAGGGACUACUAGCAUUAUUGGUGAUUCGUUAAGUGCUGGAGAUUCUGUAAAGCUCGCACACUCGCUAAUUAAUGAGAAUCCGUCGGAUGAGAAAGCAGAUGUCCAUACGCCAGCGAUUUCAUCUCCAUCGCAAACAUCGCCUAAAAUCAAAAAUAGUCGGCAAAAGAAGAAGCGCAGAAUCAGUACCAUUUGGGUGCGUGGUGACCGUUUAAGACAAAUCAGCCCAAAGUCUUAUAAUCAGGGGAAAUGCGGAAUGAGCGAUGACGAUAGUUUCCAAGCAGUUAUCAGUUUCCCUGAGGAGGGCGAAGAAUGUAUUGAAGGAGCAUCGGCUAUUGAGAAAAAUGGAGUAUGUGGUUUAGAAACGACGGCUGCCGAAGAAAAUAGAGCACGUAGUGGACAAACACCGGUUGUUGAAGGAAGUGAAGCACGUGAUGCAGAAAUGCUGGUCGUUGAGGAAAGCAGGGAAAAUAGUGGACAAACACUGGUUGUUGGAAAAAGUGAAGCACGAGGUGCAGAAAUGCCGUUUUUUGAGGAUAACGGAGCAUGUAGUGAGCAAAUGCUGGUUGACGAGGAAAGAAGACUAACGCUGAUUUCUGAGCAAGAAGAGACACGUAGCAUGGAAACGCCGAUUACUGAUCUCUGUGGAACGGGCACCAAAAUUUCACGUUCAAAAAUAAUUGCAAGGAUAAAAAAGUGGCUAGAAAGUAUGCCAGAAAUGAUGGAUGAUGUGGAUACGCUGGACGAGACGCUUGAGACAGAGCUGGAGCAGCAGCAGCAGCAGCAAGCACCAGUCCAAGAACAGACUUCGGUUGCAGAGGAAAUAAAAAAAGCAAAGAUUGUUCGACGUCGAACAAUGACUCCAUUGGAAAUAAAAGAAAAUAUUGCCAAUCGCCGCCGGACAACAACUUCCUGGGAUAUAGGAGAAAGUAUGGCCGAUAGACGCUGUAGAAUGAGUUCAGUGGAAAUAACAAAAACAAGGAAAAAUCGCCGUCGGACAAUGGCAGCAGUCGAAAUAAAAAAAAUGACUCAGACUUCGGUUAUUUUACUAGAAUGCGAGCUUGCGGUAUCUGCAUUUAGACAGUUCCUCUUAUCCGCAGCCGCUUAUUUUCGCUAUUUUUCCAACUCGCUUCUACGAUGGUCAAUCCGAUCAUUCAUCUCGUUAGUUCAAGUUACGGGGAGCGCGUUGAUCUCAUUUAGAAUGGGUAACAUACGCAUCCUGUUGUCUCGGAUAGUGCAUGAAAGCUGCAACUCAUUAUGCAAGUUGCUGCAUUAUAACAAAAUACGUAUGUAUUAUGCACAUUGUUGA